AUGUAUAUACAUGGGUUACAGUAUACGACUUACUUCCUAGGAUGCACAUCCGAUCAUUGGGCUUUCUGGCAGGACUUGGAGUAUAUUGUGGUGCCUCACAUCAUCAAGUCUUAUCUUGAAGGUGAUCAAGAGGCCUUGCAAAAACAUUGUGGCGACGCUUGCUUCAACAGUGUGAAUGCCGGAAUCAAGGAGCGAAAGAAGUUGCAAAUGACCUUGGACACCAAGAUCCUUUCAGGUCCCCGAGAGGUGGAAUUGAAAGGAGCGAAGUUGAUGGAACAGGGAGCUCCCUGCUUCAUUUGGACCUUCAACAUGCAGCAGGUGAACUGCUUGCGUGACAAGGAAGGAGAAAUCAUUGAGGGUGCCGUGGAUGAUAUCCGAACCGUUUGCUAUGCCAUGGCGGUGACAAGGCAUCCCCAAUUGGAUAAGCUGGAUUUGGAGUAUCCGUGGCAAGUUUCGGAGCUCGCCAUUCUCUGGAACCAGCCCGGCCCCAGAAACGACACAGGUAGAUCUGCGGAGAUCGCUGUAUCAUGGGUCAUCCAUGACGACUGGAUGAUUUAG